GCUCUGGCUCAUAAUGACAGAUUAAGGGGCGGGUCGGGCUCAAGCAGAACAUGCAGGAAUUUGGGCCGGGUCAGCUCAGAUUUUUUUGGGCCCGAUCUUCGCUCUAUUGUAGAUUAAUACUAAACUCAUACAAAAAAUAAUACAAAACUAAAAAAAAAUGUGGAAUUAUUUAGUAAACAAAAAAGUCUUAAACAAACCAGAAUCUGUUUUAUAUUUUAGAUUCUCUGCUGGAUUUUCUCAGUCAGUUUUAUGAGGUAGAAUCACCUGGAAUUCAGGCUUUCAGUUAACAGCUGUGCUGAACUCAUCAAGAGUUAAUUACUUGAAUUUCUUGUCUCUUAAUAAAGUGUUUGAGAGCAUCAGUUAAAGUAAAGUAGUGAAGAGGUAGAGUUACAGGUAUACAGUGAAUAGUGAAUAUUUGAGUAAUGUUCGAAUCCAGAUUAUGAGAAGCAAAAACUACACAACUAAAUAAAGAAAAGUAAAAAAUGACUUAAGAAAUGACGGUCAAAGUCAAAGUCAAAGUGGUUUUUAUUGUCAUUUCAGCUAUAUACAGAGUACACAGUGAAAUGAAACAACGUUCCUCCAGGGACCAUGGUGCACAUAAACACAGUGUAGACAGAGUUAGUUAAUCCGAAAGGAAGAAUUUCAAGAAAUUUCAAAGUAUCCUCAAGUGCAGUCACAAAAAAGACCAUUGAUUGAUAGUGAAAGGCUGUUUAGACCGACUGUAGAAGAUUAUUGGAUCCUAACUGUUCUAAUGAAUCUGUUUAGAGUAAUAAACUGGUUUAUACUCUGGCUGCUAUGAAUGCUGGGAUACGGCAGAACUGGAUCCAGGCUCUCCUGGAGAAAAUACAGAACCGGAAUGCACCUGAUGUUACCAGUGUUUCAGGUGAUCAGGUGAUUCUGCAGGCGAAGGCUCAGCGUGGACCUGAUGUGACUCAGGACUCGCGGCUCAGCUCCAGCAGAAGAGCCGGACCUGGUGCUGAAACAUCAGACUGGACCGAGAUCGGACAGAUCGGACAGAACGGACACUCGGCGGCCCAGGAGGUGAACGGAGAACCGGAGCUGCAGGAUCUCCAGCCUGAGGAGCAGCAGCAGGAGGAGCCGGAGAACCGGAUCCUGAACCGGAGCCGGAGCAGGUGGGAGGAGCGCCGGCAGAGGUACGAGUUAGUGAUGGCAUCUUCAGGACUUCCUGUGGAGGACAGGACCAGCCAGUAUCAUCAGGAUCAUCAUGAGCAGAGGAUGAUGGAGAUUGAGGAACGCUGGCUGCAGGUGGAGAAGAUCUCCAUCCGAGACGGGAAAAAGGUGCUGCUGUACCCAGAGAGCCAGAGCAGGAGCUCUGCAGAUCUGGAGGACGUUGUAGAACAACACUAUCAGAGAACGAACUCAACGAACAAAACUCUCGAAAGUCUCGAAAUUCCAUGUAAACCUCAGAUGAUGAUCAGUCCAAACAUGCAGAACCACAUCUCAGCUCUGACUGACAAAUAUCUACAGACCAAACAGCUUCUUCAAAUAGAGAAUCUGAAACGACAACAUCUCAAAACCCAGCUGAGCUCAGAGCUCGUAACUGAAGCAGAACUGAAGCCCGUCUGCAGGGCGUUGGGUUGCGAAGCGUCUUUAAGUGAAUCCAGACUUGGAUCGUAUGGUUGGCGCGAGGCAAGCCAGGACCGGGAGGAAGAGCGAAGUGAGGCGAGGGUCGACGGGUUCAGCCGAGGAGAUGCCGUGACGUUGCUGAGAAAACAAAACGUUGGUUCUGAUCCAGCUGUGGUGGAACAGCUCGAGGCGGUGAAUCGACACAAUCAGGAGCUGUUGAAUCAACUCGCUGAGGCCAAUCGAGAUAUUGACCGACUUAAGGCAGAACUGAUGUGCCGCCAAAUGAAUUGCAGCCAGCAGGGUUUGGAGUCUGUAGUGGAGAGUCUUAAGGUGGAAUUGGCUGGGAACUCUCGGGAACUGGAGGUGGUGCAGAAUCGUUUGGCAGAAGUGGAGGAGAAUCUGAAGGAAGCUCAAAAAACCCUACAGUUAAGGGAAGCUACGCUUAAAAGCUUGGGAUUCCUUGGUGAAGAUAGUGAUGAUACUUUGCUUAUCUUGUCUUCAUCCUCAACAUCAGACUCAUCCUCAGAAGAACUGAGAAAUAAGGAAAUGGCCAAAAUUGGCCAGUGUGAGCAGGAUCUGGAGAACCAUAAUUUGGACCAAAAUGUAGAUCAGAAUGCAUUAAUCAGAGAAUCUACGCUUCUGAACAGUCCAAAAACAAUGGCGGCUGAAGGUGAUCAAUGGGAAACGUUGGAAGUAUCAAACAAUCAAGAGUUUCAAGAUGUAUGGAGAUCAUCGGAUGGAUUUCUGGAAGAGGAUGUAUCUGAGAAAAUGGUUCAAAUGAGGUCCAACAACCUCAAAAUGCUACUAGAGAUCAUUAGACCUUUAACUAGGAAUUGGCCCAAUAGUGAGCAAUAUUCACUUUCAGAUUCUGAUGUUCUACAGUUGGAAAGGAACUUUUGGGAUGGUUUAGUAAAUGCAUUGAAAAAAUACAAUCUAAGCAAAAGUACUGGGACAGAACAAGCUGGUUCUUUGGUACAAUGUGUCCAAAAGAAACUGGACGAGAUUAGAAUGGACCUCCUAGCCCUUAGCAUUAAUGCUAAUAAUCCCCAUUCCCAGAAUAGUGAUUUAGAUCAACACAGUUCCAAUACCUUUCCUAAUUUGAAUUACCUUUCCAACUUUGACAAUACUGGUCUUCAUAAUGGUUCAAUGGAAGACCACAGUGUACAGAAGUUCAGGACAUUGCCUGUUGAUGAGCAUCUAGACAAUCAUCCAAUUUGGAGAGGUCUGAAACAUCACGUAGAGAAGAAAGUGGCACUGCUAAACCAUGUAGAGUUGGCAUCUAAGCUAGAGCCGUCAACAGGCAACAGUCCCACAAACUGGGCUGUCUGCAAUCAAACAGAAGACUCAUCAAAAGGUCUGGACCCAUUGGUCAGUCCAGCUAUGGACAUCUUCCUGGCCUGUCUGGUUGGGUAUCAUGAUGCUCAGAACCAGGAAAAGACAGUAAAGUCCAUCGAUGAGGAUUUUAAUAGCAAUAUAAAGGGUGUUGACCUCUAUGAAGGAACGUUGGUGCAGCCAAACAAUAUGGCCACCCAGAAGAAGACUGGAGUCAACGAGGAGAAAGAGGCGGAAACGAUGGACUCGUCAAAAAGUCAAAUAAAAGAACUAGAGCACCAGUUAUCCAGAAGUGAAGAGCUCAUAUCUUCUCUACAGCAGCAGCAUGAGGAGGACCAGACCAACCUGAAGGCAGUAUAUGAACAGAGAUUCACUAUGCUGAAGAAGUCUCAUCAGAAGCUUAUAGAAGACCUUCUUCUCCAACACCAGCGAGAGCAACAGCGCCUAAUGGAGGAGAAAGACAGACUUCUGGCUGAAGAGACGGCUGCUACCCGCACUGUGAUUGCAGCUCUGAACAGAGCCCACAGCUCUGAGAUGGAGAGAGUGCAGCAGAAGACGAACUGGGAGAAGAGUAAUUGUGAUGCCAGUAUUGCAGAGAUACUUAAAAAUCACAGAGAAGAGCUGGCGUCGGUUCAGAGUGAGCUGGAGGUUCUCUCGGUUCAGUUUUCUCAGAAGUGUUUGGAGAGUGUUCACCUGGCUCAGGCUCUGGAGGCGGAGAGAAAAGCUCUACAGCACUGCCAGCACCAGAACCUAGCACUCAGUACCUGCAACCAGGAUAAAAAGCUUGUUACAGAAGAAUCCAGAGAACUACAGAGCGAUCUCGGCGUGGUGAAGGAGAGGGCCGAGGAGCAGACGGGAUAUCUCAGGGAGAAUCUGAGACUGGAUUAUGAGGCGUUAUCAGAGUCUGAGGAACAGAAAACGUUAUUAAACAGCUGACAUUAAACAGUGCAGUACAUUUCUGUACAUUAAACAGUAUUUACACUAUAUUUUACUAUAUUUUACCACUGUAGCUGCUGUGUGGCUGUUAGUUAUUUAUCUAUACAGAUCUACAUAAGCAUUCAACAGAAUGAAAAAAAAAAAUAGUAUUUUAUUUGUGUAGACUGCAUUAAUACAUCUGACCAUUACUGAACAAAUAAUGAGCUUUUAUAUCUCAACAAUUAAUACUGAUAUUGUGAAUGGAUGUAAUAUAUGGUUGACAUAUGUAUUUAUUUUAUAUAAAGAUAUUUAAAUAUUUAGAUCAACAACAAAGAAAGUUACUGUGAGCUAUAGACAGGUUUUGUGGUAUUUUUAUUAUAAGCUAGAUUAAUAUAUUUUACAAUAAACUG